GGAACAGAUGCACACAAAGAUACAACACUGCCAGUUGACGGCCCUGUGGGACAACGCUGUAAUUAUGUAACGGUUUGUUUUGAGUCAGUCUAGUACCGUCUGAGUGGGACCAUAGAGUCCGUGACUGAUGUGACCAUCGUUAGUGGGAGAUAGAGAGAGUGUUGGGAUACUGUUGGGAUAGUGUUGCUAGAGGAGUGAUAAGGCAUGGAUCGAUGUUAAGAGAUAUACGCCAGCAGUGGAUACGAUAGGGAGAACGAUACACACAGACAGCGAUGGCGCUCAGGUUCGGCACCCAGCUCAACAAAUCAGCUGCCUGUUGCGUUUUGAUCACACGACAGAUGACCACUAGACAGAUGACCACUAAACAAGCCACCGCGGCAUUUGAAGACAUUGAGCAGCCACAGAUGCGUACAUCGGUUCCAGGGCCGAAGACGAAGGAGCUUCAAGCUAGGCUUGGUCGUUACCAGAAUACCGACGCCAUCCAUUUUUUUGUCGACUACAACAAAUCUCGCGGGAACUACAUUGUUGAUGUUGAUGGCAACGUCAUGUUGGAUGUGUUCACCCAGAUUGCCUCUCUACCGUUAGGAUACAAUCACCCAGAACUGGCUUCAGCUAUGACGGACCCCAAAAAUUUGUCGACGUUUAUAAAUCGCCCGGCACUCGGGAGUUAUCCCCCUUUAGAUUUUGUUGAUCAGCUCGAAUCAAGUCUGUUGUCGGUGGCGCCACCAGGAAUGUCACGCGUGCAGACGAUGGGCUGUGGCACGUGCUCCAUCGAGAGCGGGCAGAAGGCUGUCUUCAUGGCAUAUCAGCGGAAGUUGCGAGGUGGGCGUCAACCGACAGACGAGGAGAAGCAGUCCAGUCUGAUGAACCAACUUCCGGGAAGUCCUAAAGUUUCCUUUCUGUCUUUCAAGAACAGUUUCCAUGGUCGUUGUAUGGGUGCCCUGGCGAUGAGUCACGCCAAAUGGUUUCACAAGUUAGACUUCCCUGUACCAGAUUGGCCUAUUGCUACAUUUCCUCGACUCCGAUAUCCUCUGGAAGAAUUUACACGGGAAAACCUGGCGGAAGAGAACAGAUGUUUGUACGAGGUUUGUGAUCUGAUUGAAAAAUUCAAAGCCCGCGGGGAGCCCGUGGUGGGGAUUUGUGUGGAGCCAGUCCAGUCUGAGGGUGGGGACCAUCACGCCAGUGCCGCGUUCUUUCAAGGCUUACAGGACAUCUGUCAAAAGUAUGGCGCCUACCUGAUGAUAGACGAGGUACAGACCGGAUGUGGCGCCAGCGGAAGAUUCUGGGCCCACGAUCAUUUCAACCUGAGGAAAUCACCAGACGUCGUCACGUUCUCUAAGAAGAUGCUGUCGGGCGGCUUCUAUUUCACGGAGGAGCUUGUGCCCACUGAGGCUUACAGAAUCUAUAACACUUGGCUGGGAGAUAACUCUAAGCUAAUCCUUCUUGAAAAAGUCAUCGGGGAAAUCAAACGAGACAAUCUGGUAGCGAAUGCUGCUAAAGUUGGACAAACACUUUUAGCUGGAUUAAAAGAAAUGCAGCAACUCUACCCGGCUCUACUGACCAACGCUCGUGGCCUGGGCACGCUCUGUGCGGUAGACGUCGCCACAGUCGAGUCACGUGACAAAAUUAUCCACACGUUGAGAAACAAAGGUGUGAACAUUGGAGGCUGUGGGACGUCCAGUCUACGCUUGAGACCAAGUUUGAUUUUCAAAGAGAAACAUGCCAGCAUUUUCUUGGACAAACUGGCAUCAGUCCUGUCUGAGAUGGCCGUGUGACACUAAGGCGUGGCAUAUGACAGUGACAUGACCAACAUUGUCAGGGCUGUUACACGAUCGUUACAUGGCAGUGUGACUUUGUAGUGACUGUGACACAUCACAACUGUGUUACAGCUGUAUUACACACAGCAAUGUGACUCUGCAACGACUGUGUAACAACACAUGUCAUGAUUGUGAUAUAUUCAGCUCCGGCCUGUUGUGACAUCAUGUCAUGGCAUGCACCUAAACGUAAACCACCAAGCUCCACACCAACACACAACACAGACGACCAAAAUCAAGACAGCAGCAUCAAUAAUUUAAUUAACCAGAAAACUAUCAAAUAUACAAUAUGUAAACAUGUCACACAUGA